AUGGCAUCACAGCCCACCUCUCUACGAGACCGUCAGGUCGCUUCCAUUCAGAAAAUCCUUAACCUGAACCACGACCCGAACACCGCGGAGGACGCCACCAACGAAACCUCCGCACAAGGCCUCAUUUCAACCCCUAUACUCAACGAGGAUGGCGACCCGAUCUGGAAGGUGUUGGUAUUUGACAAUCUGGGCCGGGAUGUUAUCAGCAGCGUACUGCGUGUCAAUGAUCUCAGAGCUUGGGGGGUAACCAUCCAUCUGGGCCUCAAUGCUACUCGAUACCCUAUUCCCGACGUCCCAGUUGUUUAUCUUGUCGAGCCCACCGCUUCUAACAUCCAGACAAUUGCAAGCGAUCUUCAGCGCGGCCUCUACUCCCCCGCCUACAUCAAUUUCCUAUCCUCCGUUCCCCGCCCGCUUCUCGAAGACUUUGCGUCUCAAAUAGCAACAACCGGAACGUCCGAGCAUAUUUCCCAGGUCUAUGAUCAGUACCUAAACUUCAUUGUUUCCGAGCCGGAUCUCUUCAGCCUAGGUAUGGGGAAUGAUGCGUACUGGAGAAUCAACAGUGCGAAGACAAGCGAUGCCGAUCUCGAUGAAAUCGUUGAUAGAAUUGUUAGCGGCCUAUUUAGUGUCAGUGUUACGAUGGGUGCCAUACCAAUCAUCAGGUGUCCCAAGGGUGGUGCGGCGGAACUUAUCGCCACGAAAUUGGAUCGCAAGCUGCGCGAUCACAUACUAAACUCCAAGGACAACCUAUUCUCAACCAACAAAAAGUCCACCCCCGGCGUUCCCUCCGCGCGGCCGGUCUUAGUUAUCGUUGACCGCAACGUCGAUCUGGUUCCGAUGCUCUCUCACUCGUGGACCUACCAGUCGCUUGUGCAAGAUGUUCUCCAGAUGCGGCUGAACCGUAUAACGGUAGAAACGCCUCUAAACGAGUCCAACCCUUCCAGUGGCACCACAAAGAAAGCAUAUGACCUCGGCAGUAAUGACUUCUUCUGGAAGCGUAACGCGGGUGCUCCAUUUCCGCACGUUGCAGAAGAGAUUGAUGCCGAAUUAACACGAUAUAAGGAGGAUGCCACUGAAGUCACAAGGAAAACUGGAGCAUCAUCGAUCGAGGAUCUGCAGGCUGACACGAGUGCCUCCGCGCAACACCUCAAGGCCGCCAUUACCCUCCUACCAGAGCUGCGAGAGCGCAAGUCAAUCCUUGACAUGCACAUGAACAUCGCCACUGCUCUUCUGAAAGGCAUCAAGGACCGCCAACUAGAUAACUUCUUCGAGCUUGAAGAAAGCAUCACAAAGCAAUCCAAGGCACAAAUGCUUGAAUUAGUCAAUGACUCUGCCAAGGGCAUCAACCCAACAGACAAGCUUCGAAUUUUCCUAAUCUGGUUCUUGAGCACCGAAACCGAACUCUCACGGGCAGACAUCAGCCAGUUUGAAGAAGCACUCGCCCGCGCAGGAGUCGAAGAUGUCAGCCCCAUCGCGUAUGUCAGGCAGGUCCGCGAGCUCACGCGCAUGACAAUGAUGACCACGGCUGCACCGCAACAACAAUCAUCAGAUAUCUUCCGCGGAUUUUCUUCCCUCUCCAACCGCCUAACAGACCGCAUCACAUCCGGAGCCCUAGGCGCCAACUUCGACUCCCUCAUCUCCGGCGUCAAGAACUUCCUCCCCGCCAACAAAGACCUAACCCUCACCAAAAUCACUGAAUCAAUCAUGGACCCGACAGCAGCAUCGAGCUCCGCAAUCGCAAAAACAGAAAAUUACCUAUACUUCGACCCAAGGAGCACCAACGCCCGUGGAACCAUCCCCCCUGCAUCCGCCUCCCGCAACGCCCAAACAGGAUCGUCUAGCGGUCCAGGCACAGGAGCGAGCUUCGGCCAGCGCCGCCAAGCCUUCAACGAAGCAAUCGUCUUCACGGUCGGCGGUGGAAGCAUGGACGAGUACGGUAACUUGCAAGACUGGGUACAGCGCACAAGCGGGCAACAGGGUAACGAGGGAGCGAACAACAACCGCCCCCCGAAUGAGCCUCUCGGUGGCCCGAGACGGAGAGUUGUCUACGGCAGUACGGACUUGAUGAACGCUAAUGAUUUCUUGACUGAGUCCUUGGCGAAAUUGGGAAGGGAGGGCUAG